GGAAAUUGCUGCAUGACACAUCUGUUGAUUGUCAGAAAAAGAAGAUUGUAGAACUGAAGCGAAAGUUGGUCACUGAGUAACGCACGUGAGAAGUUUUCCGAUAAAGGUCACUUCCAAUUUGUGGUUAAAUUGUUCUUGUCACGUUUAUCAAUGAUGUAUCUGUACAGGGAGUCGGGAUGAGGGCAGCUAGAAAAUUGGAUCACGAUCAACAUAGUCCAGGACACCAUUAACUAUGGUGGCACCAUUUGACAAUGUGGCUAAUACAUGUAGGAAUGUAACACCAGUUUGGUGAAUGGUAGCACCAUUUUUAGUUCAGAGCAGUUUUUACAGUACAAUCAUGCCACUACCAAGAGACUUCAGAAACCCAGAUAUGAAUAGUAAGGAUAUCAGCUUUGAGCUCCAAAGGCUCUUUGAUCCUUUCAACUUGGAUCACAUACCUGAGGAGAAGAGAAUGAAACGGUUUCGCCAAAGGAAUAUGGCACAUGUUCGUCAUUAUAAAGCAGCUGUGAAAUUUUUUGGUGCACCACAUAGCAGACGGCGAAUUCUUAUAGCUCCCUCAAUGGAAACUCCAAUGAGACACCGCACUGGAGAAUACAUGAACAAAGUAUUAUACCCCGACCCACCCAUUUUGAGCACAGACAUGAAACCAGCAGAAGGGGAUGUUGCUUUUCCUCGAGAAACUCCUCAGUGGUUAGUUGAUUCCCAGGUAGAGACAGAUACGAUUGAGGAGCACCAGAAAUGGAUAAAAGAGCGUCAACAGCUUCGUUCAGAUUUAAACAAUAUGGGUCUGACUCAGGCAUAUCUGGAACGCAAACCUGAUAAAUCACCUCAGGAAAAGGCCCUGAUGCAAAAAAUGAUAGAAGACAGCAAGCCUGUUCUUCCAUCACCAAAACAAACCCCAGAAUCACAUCUUAGUCCAGAUCCUGGAAAAGCUAUUCCAACAGUGAAGCUUCCUUCCCCUAAAGCCCUCAUGAUUUUGGAGCACUUCAUGCAGGAAAAGAAAAUCAGAUUACUUGACUUAUUUACAGCUGUUGACAAGGAUAAGAACUGGACUAUAUCACGAGAUGAAUUUAUGAAGGCCAUGAAAAUACACAAGGUGCCGUUGACAGAGGAGUUGGCAGAAGAUUUAGUUUUGGCCCUGGACACAGACUGCAGUGAUGAGUUGGAUUACAGAGAGCUGUCAAAGGGCAUGGACCGAUUCCGACGUGAACGUAGGGAAAACAAGAGAAAAGAUAUGGACCAGCACUUAGAUUUAACUUUGUCAAGUUUGAGCAGAACACCAUCAUUUGGAAGUCGACAGGGCAGAAAACAAAACCUUCGCUCAGGAAAAUCUUCUCCAGCAUUAUUUCAUUUUGAGGCCAAGAACAGUCCAGCAGAUAUGUGUAAGACUUAUGGCAGCCCCCAGCAUGAAUCUUCGAGAGUUACUACUCCUGAAUUUAGCCCACGUGAGCACAUAGUUACACCUUUCGAUAAAACUACUCUGUCCAAGGUUCAAGAGGUGCCCUCAAGUGUGAGCACAACUGAAAAACCAAAAUCAGCAGGGAAAUCAAGUUCGAAUUCUUGUGCUAGCACACCCACCCAGCUGGCUUUACCAGAGCCAGACCUGCGACCUGAGCAGUUUGUCCUAGGGUCAGAUGAAGCCAUGGUAGACCACAUCAAGGUGACCCGGUCCAUCCUGACAGCCUCAGCCAAAGGAAGAAAGCAGGCAAAAUCUGACAGAGACAUCAGGUAUCCAAGUGUGAUCAAAAUCGGUGACAAAGCUAUUGACAAUCACAGCAUGUUUUCCCAACUAGAUGGUGACUCAGGGGAAUUGAUGAACCGCUUCCGACAGGAAAAACUCAGGGAGUACUAUGCAGUUAGGGCCCUUUGUCAAGAGAGAGGGGUAAAUCUCACCAAGGAGCUUCUGGAUAAAGUACUAUUGCAUCCCCCUGAUAAACCACACAAUGUCAUUCUAAGAGAAAUAAAAAGGAGACCUUGCCAGAGACUACUUCCAUCAACAUUUGCAAACCCACCCAAAAAUUCAGAAGACCCUCCAGAAGAAAAGAUGACAAAUAAAGAAAAAAAAGCCAAAAAAACCAGAACAUCUGAUGGGAAGAUUGGGCUUCCUAAACAGAAAUGGAUUGCAUCCAGGGGCAAAAGAGUUAACUUGUCAACUGGAAGAGCUUUUAUUAGACCAGCAAGCGACACUUGGCUGAGUUUUGAGCAAUAUGAAGAACUCACAAGGCACCUGUCAGCGAAGUACAAAAGGAUCCAUGGUCCUGUGAACUAUAAUGCGUUUUGGCCUGGGUUUCUCUUGGACAGGCUCCACCUAUGCAUGCCUCCAUAUGACACCUCCCACCAAGGAAGAAUAGGGUCUUCUGUGCUUUUUCAAAAUGUCAAGCAGGGACAGAAAUCCAACUACGGUUACAACAAUGAUUUGAAUUCUUAUCCUCUGGACAGUCAGGGUUGUGUUAAGUAUGGAGACAUUGACCCAUACAUCAGAAAACCUCUUGUACUGUAAAAUGUGUAUACGCAGGAAGCACCUCUCUCUGCUGGAUGUGGAAUUGUAAAUAGAUCCAUUUCAAUGCCAGAACUUUGGAUGAUGAUGAGCAAUUUAUAUUGAUUUUGUGUACAUGCAUGUAGUAUGCCAAAGUGUAUGUGUAUAUUUCUACUUGUUGAUUUCACUUUAAUGAAGUUGCUAUACAUGUAUUUAUAUCCAAAGUUAAUAAGUGGGGACUUUUAAGAUCAACUUUACAUGACCUUGCAACUGUGGGAAUGUAUUACAUGUAUAUAUAUAUAUAUUGUCAAUAGUGAUUUAUAACAAUUUGAAAUUGACAAGUUUAAAUUUAUUCUGUUGUCAUGAAGGUCAGGUAUCUGAGGAUAUGUAAUCAUGAACAGAACCCAAGGGUACAUAGAACAGUAUAUAAAAAAAGUCUUAAAGCCGAGUGUUGAAGUGUGUGAUAAUAACUCAUAUUUUAUGGUCUUAUUGCAUUGAUAUUUUAUGUUAUACCUCAAAGUUAAUCCAAUCCUGUCAACCUUGAACCACAGAAUUUAUACUGCUGCCCUUAUUAGUGCCUUUUUAGCAUGGAUUGUUACUUAUCUUUUUUUUCUAUGCAGAAGAUUGAAGUUUAAUGUUUUAUACAAGGACAUGUAUACAUUGUGAUACUUUGCCCCACCGGUAUUAUAUAAAAAUGAUAAGACUGACAUUUUUUCAGAUGUCAGACCUUGUAGUCAUAUCAGUCUUAUCUCCUCUGGUGUAUGCUAUUAACUUGUUAAGAUAUGAAUGCUGCAUUACAGUAUCAUCUUUUAUGUUGUGUGAAAUGAUAUAAUAUAGUGUUUGACUGCUGACCAUUGUAAAAGUUUUUUUAUCUUAUUUAAUUUUCAUACGAAUAAUGUAAACCCAAAAAAGCCCGAAUGUUCAAGUCUGGCACUCAUGAAAGACAUUUUGAGAUUUGUUUGGAGGGUAGAACGAUACUCAACUCACACAAUGUAAGUUGUAGUACCAAAAGUCUGGAAGACACAGCAUAUAUACACACACCUACUGAUGACUCAUUGUCACAUGACUGAAAAAUUUUUAAGUGUGACAUUAAACCCCAAGCAAUCAUUCUUUACUGACACAAAUGAAUCAUGUUAGCAUCAUGUUCGUGAUACUGUAAGCAUAAAUUCUACUGAUUAAAAGUGCUUUAGUGGUUGAAAAAGAUUUAUAGUAUGUCAUGGACUAUUUGUUAUCUAUAAUCAUUCCACCAAAGUCAUUGUGGUUUAUUUCUGCAGGACAUAAAUUCUAGUGGCUAUCAACUAACUUAUUAAGAUUAGAUAUAUACAUGAGAAUGGCAUAAAUCAAAAUGACAGAAUGGGUUGAACAGGUUAUCAAAUUAGGGAAAGAAUAGGAAUUUCUUAGAAGUUGACUUUGAAUUUAUUAACACUCACUCAUUUAUCAUUAAGUGGGAGUUAUUAAUUUAUGAGAAGCAGGAUGUAUUCUAGUGAAAAAAGUUGUUUGACAGCCAGGGUAGGAUAGGGAAUUAGUAGAUUUUCCCAUUCUGCUUGUUUGUGGGGAUAAAAACGGCCGACAUAAUGUGGCUGGUUGUCUGUGUUGAAGAUCUUCUACUGAUAUGGGGAGCAUAUCGGUGUGUCACAUGUGCUAAAGUUGAACAGUAACUUGCCAAGGGUUGGUGGUUUACUCCAGGCACUAUAGUUUCCUCCACAAAUGAAAAUCACCGAGAUUGUUGCGGGGAAAAAUUCUGAAGUACAGCAUUUAAAUAACAAUGAAAUAAAUUAUCAAGAGAUCAGGUGGACACAACAUACGCCCCAACAAAUGCAUUUUUAAAAAAAGAAUACCAGCAGUAUGGUGGUGAGUAUAACCCCUGAGGGGGAUCUUCAUGG